AUGCUUCCCUUUGUGUUCGCCAUCCUGGGCUCAGCAGAGGCUACCUGCAGGACCGCCGCCUGCAACAACACCACCAAGGAUUACUGCUACAGCGCCCGCAUCCGCAGCACUGUGCUGCAGGGCUUGCCCUUCGGAGGGGUGCCCACCGUCCUUGCCCUUGAUUUUAUGUGCUUUCUUGUAAGUAUGUUGGCAGUGUUGCUGUCUGGCUUGGCACUUGAGCUAGGUCUCUUCCCCCUGCAUCUGUCGCAGAAGGAAAGUCAGGUGUCAUAAGGAGAUAUGUCCAGUGCCAUACAGCAAAAGAUUCUGAAGGGAGAGGAACAGGUGACCAUGCAGAGCAUAGGAAUCUUGCCUCAAGUGCUAGAGUCAUUUGCAGAUCCUGUGUGUUUUCAAAUGUUUUCAUGAGGACAGGAAACUUCUCUCUCUUUCUCUCUUGUUCUGAAAGUUGAGAUGCUGGAAGAAUCCGUGUAGAUGCCAAAUACUUCCCAGACAUCCACACAAUCUAUAAGUCGCAGUACUACUGCUACUAGCACUUUGCAAAAUCGUCCACAACCUUCAUUAGAGCUUCUUGCUAAAGGACCGAAUAAAAAUUAAAUUGUUAGAAUAAGAGGCGUUUGCAUAUUUUUAUGUUGUGUGCAUAUACUAUUUUGCAAGCAAUGUGGAGAACUUAGCUUUCUCUAUGGUGGAAACAAAAAGCUAUACUAUGUUUUUUAUAUAUCACUGGGGGCACUGCAGUUUGGUGGAGGACAGAGUAUCUACUAACCAUGGACCUUGGCCUUACAUUUCCUUAUUUGCUUUUCUGCAGGCACUGCUGUUUGUUUUUUCCAUUUUACGUAAAGUGGCCUGGGAUUAUGGGCGUCUGGCACUGGUGACUGAUGCUGACAGGCAAGUGGAACUCUCUCUCUCUCUUUUUCUCCUAGAAAGUGGAGAAACAUCCUCUUUUGUCAAAUAACUUCACCUAGAAGUUAGGAUCAGUUACUGAAAUGCAGUCCAACAGGUUAGCGUUUUGCAAUCCAUCCAUGGGCCAGAACUCUAAAGAGGUACUUUAGGUGCACUCAAGUACUCGGUAAUACCUAGUGAUUUUUUUCUUCUUCAGACAACAGUCCCUCAAGUCCUAUCGCAAACUUCUUUUUCCUGCAACUCCCUCAGUUUUGAAAGAGGUGUGAUGUGGAGGGUUAUUGCUUGAUACACUCACAUCCUUCCAAGUUUCCUUUUGGUGUAUGCAGUUCUUUAGACGUAGCUGGUGCCCACAUACAAUAUACCCCUUCUCCUAGCAUAGUAGAAGAUCCAGCCUGGCUAGUCCUGGGUGGCUCAUAAAACGUCUGGCCAUCCAGUCAUUGCAGGGCAAGGGAGGCAGAUGAGUGAUUGCACAGCAACCCAAGAACUUGCUCCUCCACUAUUUCCCACUAGGGAUGUGGAAGGGAGUAUGGACCCUCUGCCUAGGAUAUUCAAGGUCAAAUGGCCAGCCCUUUUAGAAGGGCAAGUGAUGGCAGCCUCAUAUAUGCUAGUAGUGAACUCCUUUUCCAAGUGAUGAUUCUUAUGUAGCAAAAAGGUCGCCAUUCAUGCACAAGAGGGAGCUACUAGCGGGGGGGGGGGGGGAAUGGACCCAAAGUUUCCAGAAGUACCAAAAUGAGAGGGGACUUCAGCAGGGGUAUCCCAAAAACAGUCCCUUGAGGAAUCAGGUGGGCACAGAAUCUGACAGACUGUUGGAGAGGCAUGAUGAGCUGAGAACCCAAAGUGGAAGCAUUUUAUACUGCAGCAUUUUAUUGCAGGUUCCACAUUGUUAUUUUUACAUACAUACUUUCUGCUCAGGAGGGCAAAAGUACAAUCACUAAGUAUGUAUCCGAUCAAAUAGCAACUUCUUCCUUUUGAUGCCAGCAGUAAGGAUUCUUUUAGUAGAGCAGCAGUUAAAACUCAUCAGUAUGAGAUACAGGCCAAAGGUCUGUAAAAAAUAAAAAAAAAGGAGGAAUGUUUUGGCACAGGGGUGAUAAGUCAACAGUGAGGGUGCCAAAGUGAGCGUCUCUGGGGACAGCAGUCAAAAGUUUAGGUGCAGCCACAAGACGACGCAACCCUGGUGUUGGUGAGAGUUCAGAGGCGCAUGAUUCAUAAAUAAUUAUCUGAAACACAGCAGUUCACAGACCUGAAGAGACAGAGAGAGCCUGCCAAGGAACGGUACACAGACGAUGGGGGAAAAUUGUUACAGGGUUGCAAGGUUGUGGUUGCUGCUUUCUUAGCCUGCAAAAUUGCUUACAAGGCAGACAGAUCUUUGAUCUUUGAUUUUACAGAUGUUCAUUUCCCAAUGAAACUGGAGACCACAUGCUAUGCUCUUGGAUGCUGCAGCUUUUUAUUUGUACAGAUGUUACAGUUUUCGAUCUGCAGAAGUGAGAGCUGGCAAGAGGGGACAGUUCCACAGCAGCAGUUCCCUUGAGUCAGAAAGUUGGUUAGGGGAAGUCUUGGGAAAGAAUAGUUAAUGAUAGCUUCUGUGACUGGAGGGCAGAGAGAAAUGACUGUUGUUAACCACCAUCCCUCGUGCAUGUUGCUGCAACUCUGCGAUGCAGAGCAGAGUUGCAUCGUGAAGUAGGGGAAAGAAUUCUUAUCUUCACAAAGAAGGGAAACAGGUCAGGAAAGUGUUCUUAGAGGGCUCACCACCACUUCCGCUUGUCCCACUGCUUUCCCCCAGGGAAACUUGCUGUUUACUGCUGAUUCAGAACAAAGUCAAUUGUGUUUUUUUUGUGUGUGUUUUUUAAAAAAAUAUUAGAUUUUCCACAAUUAUAACAAAAACCACAGAGCAGAAUGACACACAAAAACAGAAAGAAGAAAAAGAAAAAAGAAAAAUACAUCAAUGAACGAAAGAAGAAAAAAGGAACAAUAAACAGAUAAACAAUAACAACAAACUUAAUUCUUUACAAGUCCAACCUUUUAAACAUCUUGGUUGACUUCCUCUAGUUCCUCCCUUCUGAGUUUCCUUGUAGUUAAGAGUAACAGCUUUCCAAUAUCAUUAUUAAACUAAAACAAUUUCCAAUUAUAGUCCAUCUUAUUCACUUUUCUUAACAUUCUAAAUCCCAUUUAUUUAAUUAUAACUUAGUUUAAUCCUAGGCCUAUUUGUUUCUUUCAAGUAAUUUCUAAUUUUUUAUAUUACAAUAUUUAUUCAAAUAGUCCUUAAAUUUCCUCCAGUCCUCUUGAAACUCCUCUUCUUUCUGGUCGCGGAUUCUUCCAGUCAGGUCAGCUAGCUCUGAGAAAUCCAUCAUCUACAGUCAAUCGUUUUUUCUGCAGAUUGACUUUUGUUCCAAUUCACAGUAAACAGUGGGUUUUCCUGGGGAAAGAGGUGGGACAAAUGAAAAACCGCUCAGAGCCAUGCCUAGAAAGUCUGGGACAAGUGGAAAACCUCUCAGCCCCAUGCUUUCUAGCAUAGAAGUGUGGCUGAGCCCAGUGUGUACAUCAGUGCUGUCAUGAGUGACUCUACUGCUGAUAAAAAUGGAUCUCAUUUGGAAACUAAAGUGCCACCUCAAUGCACAACCCGUCUUCAUUGGUCAUAGCUCAAGGGUCUCUCUGAUCUUGGGCCUCCUGGACUGCCAUCAGUGGACAGCAGCGGCGUAGCGUGGGUUGUCAGCACCCGGGGCAAGGCAAGUAAUUUGCGCCCCCUAACCCGGGGCAAGGCAAGUAAUUUGCGCCCCCUAACCCCUAACCUGCCGCCGCUGCCAGCUUCUUCUUGCUGCUGCCUGGGCUGGUCUGGUGUGGUUCUCUCCCGCGCUCAGCGCUGCGCUGGGCGGCCGCUGCACUGUCCCUCCCCCAGAUAGUCCCUUGCUCUCUCUCCGCACCGCACGCCUGGCACCCACCCCCUCCACAGUGGGCGGCGACCCAGCGGCUCGGAUCGGAUUCGCACAGCCAGCACUGCAGUGAGAGAGAGUGAGCCAGGUAGGGGCAGAGAGCUGCGAGUGCGAGCGCGCCCCCCCAGAUGUUGCGCCCGGUGCGGCCGGCCCCCCCUGCACCCCCCACGCUACGCCACUGGUGGACAGGUUUCAGAAAGUUGAAGCCUCAUUCUCAUGACAGCAGCAGCAAACCAGAAGAGAUGAGGACGCAAAGAAAUGGGAGUCUCAGAAUAUGAGAGAGAAAUUAGAAACCUUUACUGUAUUUUAUUUGCCCAGCCGUCCCCUGCAUUGCUGACUAUCAACAUUUCAGUUUUGUUGAGGGCCCCUGGAUUUGGAUUGGUCCUGGCUACCUGAUGAGAGAAGGACAGCAAGAAAAAGAAAUGUAGAGAUUUGUGCAAUAUAUCCGGAUAGGAGGCUUAAGAGAACCAACACAACUUCAGUUGAUGGGAUUGCUAGUUUUCUGAGCAGUCCACCCUCUGCUGCACAUUGGCCACAAUAUGAUCUACUUAGUUGCAUCGCCUCCCUGGUUCCUUUUAUGAUAGGCUCAGAGACCAUGUAAGCAUGGUAAUGUCCGGAAGGCCCCAAAGGAUCACCGUCUGUAAUACUAGCUGAUGCAGUCAAAGAGUGUAUACUAAAGAAACUUUCCUUAAAAUGUGCACAUCUUCCACCCAGGCACUGACCUGGCUUCAGGAAGGGUACCAAAGACCUAAGAAGAGUGCAAAACAAACAAAACAGAGUUUGCCUGAAGAGCAAAUGCAGUGAUAUGUACAUAGGCUUCGUUUGCUUUAGAUAAGGCUCUGCUUCUCAAGGAGCAAUUCAGAAUAUCAGCUGGUGUAUUUCAAUUUGCUGUUGUGGCUUUCAUCUACAGCUGUUUAUCCACCUGUUGCUAAUAAGAGGGCACAGAAUCUCAUUUCCGAGGGAGGGCAGCCACAUUUGCUUUGAGUUUAAGUUUGCCUGGAGACGCACAUGGCAAGGCAAAUCUGAAAUUAAUGUAGAAUAGAUUUAUCCCAACACCAGAGUGAGCAGGGAAACCCUGACAAGGGAGAGGAAUGGCUCCAGUCCUGAACAGUUUGCAUGAACCAUAAAACUGAAUCUGUAAGCCAAAAAAACUAAGUUUAUUUUCUUCCUCUGGAUGAAUUUGGUGAACGAUUUCCUUCCCAGGACCCCAAAAUGUCAGCACUGAGAGAGGAGGACCCUGGCUCUUGAUUGAAAGAUCCAAUUUGUUUGUAACUCUCCCUUUUUCUCCCCCACCCCCUUCAUUCUUUUUCUUUUGUCCCCAGGCAGAGGCGCUGGCAGCAGGAGCAAGAGGAACGGGAAUAGUACGUUGUGGGUUUUCCCAGGGUGCUUCUUCCAUCCUUCCUUAAUUCUCUUUUCCUUCCUGCUUCUGCUGAAGUUUUCUCCUUUUGCUUCUGAACUAAUCUUCACCGGCAGAGCAGGGCUUGUGAUUGUUGUCCACACUGGUCACUGCACACAUAACCCUCUUGUGUCAGUCACACUACACCAAAAUGGCGAUGAGGGAAACUUUCCUUCAGGGAGCUCAAGGUGUCAGCAGUGGCGUAGCGUGGGUUGUCAGCACCCGGGGCAAGGCAAGUAAUUUGCGCCCCCUAACCCAUGGAUUUGCGCCCCCUAACCCUAACCCCCAGAUGUUGCGCCCGGUGCGGCCGGGCCCCCCUGCACCCCCCACGCUACGCCACUGGGUGUCAGACAAAAUUCUCUACCUCCCCAUUUUGCCCUCACAAUGUCCCUGUGAGGUAGUUUAGGCUGGGAGACUGUGACUGGCCCAAGGGACCAUCUGUAGUGGGGGGUGGCCAGAUUUCUGCUGGGCAAUUCUGCCACCACUUUUCAGCAAUGAGAAAUGUUAUCUUCUGCUUUGAAACAUUCUCUGCCUCCUCGGCUGACUCAUGCAGGAGCCCAAAGAGCUGAUUUAACUAGACUCUUCAAAUUACUCUUCCCUCAGGAUUUUUUUUUUUUUAAAAAUAUUUAGGAACCUGUUCCCUAGCCAGACAUCCCAUGAAGCUGGUAAGAGUUUUCCACCACUGAUAUGUUCUAACCAAGAACAAACGGGGGCCCAGGGCCAAGCAAGGACAUUUGGCUUCCUCAGAAGAAAGGACGAGAUGGUUCCCUCAUCCCCCAUCAACAAACAAAAGCUCACUAAAUAGGGAGCGAAACCUUCCGUCAUUCCUAGUGACAGAACAACACCCUUUGCUACUCCUGAGGGCAGCAAGCUUGCUUAGGGGGAAGCUGAGUGGGUCACACCACUGUGUUCUCCAAAUCUUGCCACCAACAUCCUACCCCCCCUUGCUGUAUGUUGCCUGAGGUGACUGCAUCACUCUGCCUCAUGGGAUGUUCUGUGUAGAACAGUAUUCUUGUUGAGAUGUAAUAGGCACCCAUUAUCUGCACUUUCUGGAAAGAUUUGAAAACAUUUUUGUGCUGAAAAUCUUGCCUAUCUAUGUGGAUAGGUUUCUGCCAUGGGUGUCUACUUUAAAAAUAAUAAUUUCAUCGUCUGUGCUAUUUUUAAACUGUUUUAGCUGUUUUUAUUAUAUUCAUCCAUUGCCUUGGGGCAUAUGUGGAAGGCAAUAGCAACCAGGGGCGAAGGAAGGUGUCAUGACACCCGGGCCGGGUGUCAUGACGUACGAUGCAUGCGCUGUACAUAGCGACGCCGCACAUGCACUGUAUAGCGGUUAGCCGCCAGCGCCGUACAGACGGUGCCGGGAUCCCUCCGUCACCACUGCAGCCGCAAACACGGCUGUAGCGGCGACAGAGGGAUCCCAGCACCGUCCAUAUGGUGCUGGAGUGGCGCCGGCGGCAAACCACUAUACAGUGCGUGUGCUGCAUUGUUAUGUACAGCGCAUGCAUGCGAUGCUGCACAUGCGCUGUACUUAGCGGUUUGCUGCCAGUGCCAGGAUCCACUGCUCGCAGCUGCAGCCGCGAACACAGGAUCCUCCCAAGGCGGCUGCGGCAGCGCGAUAGCUGCUUUCACCACCGCGAGCCCCCGCGGGUGACUUCUUGUCACCCCCACAGGCAUGGAACCCAGGGCAUACUUCCCCCCACGCCCCCCCAUUGUGACAUCACUGAUAGCAACAGUGCCCACCCUGCUGGUAUAUUUGGGGGGGCCAGCCCUGCUGUGAUGUGAGGUGCAAUUCAAGAGAGCCAAAGAGUCAAGUUAUUUCAUUUGCUUUACCACAUGAAAACAUAAUUUGGAUUUCCUGACUCAGGCACAAAAUUCCCCUUCAACCAGGCCUUGGUCUGAUUAAUAUUCUAUGGCCUUUUAAACGGGUGUCUUUUUGUGGGGGGCAGGUUAUUGUUUUGUUUUAGCUAUUUAUUUUGUGCUUUUAUACUGUAUUUUUAUCUUGUGAACCGCCCUGAGAUAUUUGGAUAAGGGGUGGUAUAUGCAUUUAAGAAUCAUAAUCAUAAUAAUGUUUCAUGAGAUAUGGCAACGAAAGGAAAACCUGGACCUCACAAUGACAUGACAACCGGUUAAUUUCUGAGAGGAGAGUGUCUAAACAGGCCAGGAGAUGUAGUGAGGCUCGUAUUUGUGUGUGGAAUCCCUGCGCCAGUUGUCGGUUUUAGCUCCAGAUUUGGGCAGGGAAAAGGGCUUGUGCCCCUCCAGUCAGGAGACCCACCUGCUACUCGCCACCAUUACUGCCAGCUACUGCUGCCAGCACAGAGGGAGGCAGGAAGGGACAGUGGAGAGGGGAUGAAAUAAGAAAAGAUCAGUGGUUGCAGCACCUGCUGCUGCUGCUCCUCUUCAUCACCAUCCUCACUCACUUGCUCACCUUCUUUGAACAAUAGCAAAAAAUAAUUUAAAAAGGUGGGGGAGCCACAGGGCAAGUUUGCUCUUGGGCCAUGCCAGGGCACAUGUCUGCCAGCCAUGCCGCGAGUCCCAAACAUUUCCAAGAUGGCUGUCUUUUAUUACUGCAUUUAUAUACCUAUUUUCUGCAAAGGGGGGCGGGUACAUGGUUCUACCCCUCCCCAAUUUUAUCCUCACAACAGCCCUCUGAGGUAGGUUAGGCUAAGAGACCAUGACUGACCUGAAGUCCCCCAGCAACCUUCAUGGCUGAGCGGGGGACGGACGGACUUCAAAGCCUCGUCUCCUAGAUCCUAGGCCAACACGCUUAACCACCACCCCAAACCUGGCACAGCACUACUUGUUGAUGAAUGGAAAAUUCACUAAAUGGGUGUGGAGCCUACUUGAUUAUCAUCCCACAUGUUCCAGGAGUGAGUCCUGGCAUAAGCAAAGCAGGCUUCCAUGCCGAGCCCCAAGUCCUAGUUACCGGUAAGUGGCCCAGCCUAGCAGCUAUUAUAGUCUGGUCAUGUUGGGGCCUUUGGCACAGGGCGUGUAUUUCGCUACAUAGCACUUUGCUUCCUCCUCACUGGCACAGUAUGGAAGUUUCAUCACACGCAGUGUUUGGUAGCUCAGUGAUAGAACGCCUCAGCACUGCAUACAGGCCUCCCUGGGUCCAUUCCCUGACAUUUCCAGGAAGGACUGGGAGUGUCCCCUGCCAGAAAAUCUGGAGAGCCACUGCCAGUCAGUGUAGACAGCACUGAGCUGGGUGGAUGAAUGGUCUGACUCAGCCUAAGUCAGUUUCCUAUGUCCAUAAAUCUCCUUUUCUUCUUCUGCCUUUACUACUCACUGUAGCCGUUAUUCUCCCCCUCUACAGCCAUAUUCACACCUGCUGGUGAAUCAGUCAUUUAUUCUUCAGUGGGAGGAGGGGAGCAUAUGCCCACCCCCUCACAGGCAGAUUGGGGGUGGGAAGGGGGGGCGGAUUUUGCAGCCCUACUGGGAUCCACAUUGCCACUUCUUACAUCAGGCAGCGCCAAACCCACUUCUGAAAUCUGCCUGGCAACAUGCUGCCCUCCAGCUCCCCCUUGUGACUGUUCCCUUUCUAUGUUCCCUUUUAAUGCACCCUGUUGCGAACAUUUAAACAAAUGCACAAGCAAGUCACUAUUGCACAGAAUGAGCAUUGGGAUUAAAAAAGGGAAAGGCUACAUGGUGCUCAGCUAAUCUGUGUCUGGGAUGUGAAGCUGUCGUACCUUUUGUUUUCCCAGAGUGCCACUUGAGUGCACACUAUACAAUACAUCUGCAGUCCCCUUUUAGGGCUUGGAGGCAUUUGGCCACUGUUCCGAUCUGUGAACAGGGGAAGGAGUGGAGGCCAGACUCCAUGCUGUUGCCUUGCUUACAUGACUCCCUUCUCUCUUAACUAAUGCUAAAUGUGCAUUAAUCAUCACGGUCCCUGCAGGGCCUUACCACGAAGCCUCUCUUGCUAGCCUCCAGACUUCUUGAAAAUCCAGAUGGGUCAGUUUAAAAAAUAUUGUCAUAGAGGUUAGGCAAGCAACACCCCUCCAGAGUGUGUGUGUGUGUGUGUGUGUGUGUGUGUGUGUGUGUGUAAUGAGCUGUACCUUUUGAGAACCUGCUUGUACUCUGAAAGCUCAUUCUGAUGGUGAGCAGAGAAUCACAAGGAUGGGGCAAUACUUUCUCCUCUGUGCUCAAAAUGAGAAGCAGGCAGCACUGCCUCCGCUGGUCCCAGAGAGGCCUCUUGCCACUCACAUGGUCUGAAAAAACCAACAGGGGUUGAAGCAUCUGCAGCUGGGAUGGGAAACAUGUGGCUCUCCAGAUUUUUCAGGACUGCAACUCCGAUCAUCCCUGGCCCUUGGCUGUGCUGGCUCUGGCUGAUGGCGGGUUGGAGCUCAACUUCUGGAGGUCACCAAGUCAGCCACCCCGAUCUAGAGCACUGCUUACGUUCUGUGCUCUUGAUGCCCAGAAGAAACACAAUCUAGACAAGCGCUAUAAAAAGCUCUACCGCGUAUCAACCAUUUCACAUACUCUGGGGUAAUUCUGUUUAUCUCCUGCAAUGUUACAAGUACCCGACAUAGAAUUUAGAGAAUUUCAGCUUUCAAAUACACAUGCACGCAUACUUCUAAUCUUCUUGGCUUACAUGGUGUUGGGAGCUAAUCAUGGUGACAAUAAUUAGUUAAGUGGGCAGAAAUCACUGAGCUUUUAAUGACACAUUGAAUGCUGUAUACGCAAUAAACCACAUUAUGCACUCAGGAAUUCAAAUUGUUUAUCACCUACUGUAUCAUCCAGAAGAUGAACAAGGUGCAUUUCCAACUCCUAAAAUUUCCAUCUAAUACAGCCUAAAUUCCAUAGUCAGCUGAAAGGCUUUCUGUUCAAAACUCUAGUUUACUUUAUGCAUACUGUUAUUUCUGCCACUAAGAGUUUCAUCUUCUUAACCCAUGUUUUUAAUUUGGUACUCUGCACUAGCCUGUGUGGCACUGAGAUCCUUAGGUGUUUGCUGGAGGAAAGAGGUUUUCUUUCUGCCUUGGUAGCCAUGUGUGUGCUGUCUUCUAAUAAUUCCAUAGGAAGCCUCCCUGACUUGUCACAAGAGGAAAAUGCAGGCCAUCACAUCUGACCAGUUGCUGAUUUCAUCUUCUUCUUGUUCACUCAUCUCCUUUUCAGAAGACUUAACCUUCUCUUUCUCACAUCUCCUGACUGUCGUAUGCAAGUUUGGCUGCAUAGUAGGUGAUGGGCGGCCUGAAUUGCUUCUGUCCAAUGCAUGUGGCACACUGGUGGUGUCUGAAUUCUUUGGGCAUCGCUGAUGGGGCCUUGUGGUGUUGGAGCAGUCUGGUGAAUAAAAGCCCUUCUCUUUCUCUUAUGUUGCAAUGUUAACGUCACUUACCUAGCAGUAAGCCCCAUUGAAUUUAGUAGGACUUACUUCUGAGUAGGCAUGGUUAGGAUUGCACUGAUAGUCACAAACUACUCAUUUAAAAAAUAAAUCAUUAUCAUUUAUUCCAGUAGCCCUUUCCUGGCCAUAAAAGAUGCAUUCUAUUUACCUCGCAUGUCUAAAGUAGAUUAGGUUGAGGGACCAGUAACCUGUCAAAGACCACGAGGAUAUAUUUGGUUAUUUGUAUUUUAAAUAUUAUCCCUCCUUUCUAGAGCCCAUGUAUCAUUUCAUAAGCUGCCUUUCCCCCUCAAAAAUGGCCAUAUCUUUUCUGCUGCAAGCACAUGGAUUGGGCUGUUGCCGCAGGAUUAAGCUCUGUGUUGGAAAUUGGAAUUCAUGAGCAGAGCUGCAUGUAUAUUGCAAUUCCAUAGGAGUGCAGAACGUAACAUCUGGCAUUGGGCACACACCUUAGCUGACUGGAAAUAUUUCAGUUUUUAACAAUGCUCCUAGCUGUUAGAGCUGCUGAGACAUGCUCAAAAGAAUACGGACAAUGCCUCCUGAAAUCUCCAAGGUGGCUGAAUGAGAAUCCAGCAGUUGAGGACUAGAUUUCUUUUGCCUGGUCUUUGCCAUACUCCAUGAGUAGCAAAAGCGUAGCAAAAGCAAAGAAAAAAGAGGGGGGAAAGCUUUAGAAUGCAGAAUAAAUGAAAGUACAUGUAAUUUUAUGUGAAUUGAGAGCAUCUAUACAGGAUAAAGACUUAAGAUUUUUCUUGAUGCAGCACUUUGAUUGGGUGCAGAGUACGCACAUCCCUGCUUAUGAAGCAGCCCUGGAAGUGCAUUGCAGACGCCCAUGUCUGGACCUAAACCUCUAAGGCUGCUUCUGUGGAGCCCAGCAUCUUGGCUCUUGUGAUGGAGAGGUUUGCAUUGGAUCAGAGUAAAGGGAAAGAGAGGGGCAAUCUCUGCUAAUGGCUUUUUUCUCUCUUGCCUUUUCUCUCUCUGGACUCUCUGGAAGUUUUCUCUUCAUCUUGCCUGGGGCAAACUGGCUUGCGUUAACUACUCUGGUGGCCUUCUGGUUUUCUCAGCCUCUUCCCAGGCCCUGAUUAACUGUCCCCUCUGUUGCAAUUCCAGUGUGGCGUCCGCCUUGCAUUCUGACAGCCAUGACCGCUACGAGCGCCUCACUUCCGUCUCCAGCUCUGUGGACUUUGACCAAAGAGACAAUGUGAGUGGCAGGCAAAAGGAAUCCAGGGUUUUCCCAGCAGCGCUCUGCAAUUAAGCCCUUGCAUCGAGGAAAAUGGGAAAUGAAGGGGUGGCGAUGCUCCUUGCUCAAUUUCAAUGUGCACAGUGAUGAUCGAUAGUGGGGAUGUGGUGUGAGCAAAGCCCCCUAAUGUUAUUGAUCACAUAGGGCAAGUGCAUGACAUGCCACAUAGCAGGGGCAAUUUCCACUCUAGUUGGGUCUCAGGAGGGAAGACGUAACAUUUGCAGCAGGAGUAGCACCCUCUGUGGCUGUAACUAAAUUAACAAAAAUGGAUGUUGCAAUGUGCUGCACAGUUAGUGUGAUGUGUUAUUUCAUAGAACUGUAGAGUUGUCGGGUGGGGGCCGGGGAUAGCCAACAUUUAAGGAGUCAGUAUCUAAGGUUGUCAAGUAGCUUCUAAUGAAGGCAAGGUGUUUGAGCCUUCACAAUAUUCAGAGCUGGGACCUAGAAGAGCUUCAGCUUCUAUCAAAAUUUUGGAGAACAACAAUAUUAGAGAGCUGGCAUUUCCCAGCCCAAGGGCUCUUCCUGGGAUUGCAUGUCAGCAGGUAUGGCCCGAAGCAAAAAGUAGGUUGGACUUUUACAGCUGGGAUAGCUCAGUUGGUAAGCAUGAUACUCUUAAUCUCAGGGUUGUGGGUUUGAGCCCCACCUUGGGCAAAAGAUUCCUGUAUUGCAGGGGAUUGGACUAGAUUACCCGGGUAGUCCCUUUCAACUCAACAAUUCUGUGAUUUAUACGAUAGGCUCACAAAAUUCAAAGCUUAAACACCUAUUCCUUUCUAGACAAGCAUGAAGCAUUGUUGCAGUACAAGGCAUGUUCCACCCAUCAAAAGCACUUGAGGGGAGGGUGCAGAGCAGGGCCAGCAAGGGGUAUCCUAGGCAGAGCCCUGAGGGGCAGAUAAAGAAGCCUAGGGGGCCACAUGCAAGCCUGAGGUCCCGCACCAUAACUUACAAUGACUUGUAGUGAUUAUAUGGUGAGUUUGUCCAUGUGGGCUUGUUUGUAACCUUACAUGUCUUAGAACUGAUCUGGCCGUUGCCUUGUUUCAGUUCUUCCAUCUUGGUAGGAGAAGCUGGUAGAUCUGAGGUUGUAGGGGCCUCUGUACUAGUUGAGAAAAAGUACCAAAGUGGGAUAAAGCGAAAGAACUCUGAUUAACUUGGGCUUGUUUUGUCUCCGCACAGGGCUUCUGCUCCUGGCUGACGGCAAUCUUCAGGAUAAAGUAAGUUCUCCCGUCUCCAUACAGAAGGUCUCCCCUUCUCGUUCUUGCAUCCAUCACCAGCCGUCAGAAGGAGCAACAUGGCAGAAGUCCUGACACCGCAGGGUCAUAUCACUGUCAUAGUUCAUUGUUAGACCAGGGGCUCUUUAGAAUCGAGAGCAGGGAUGGGGAACCUGAUGCCCUCCAGUGCUUGUUGGGCUCCGGCUCCCCUUAGCUGCAGCCACCCUGGCCAGUGGGGUGAUGGAAGCUGUAGUCCAGUAACAUGUAGACAGCCAUCUCUGAGCCAAAGGUCCCCAGCCAAGAAUAAGGAUCCUCUGUUGCUCAAGAUGAAAACAGAUUUCGUCCUCAGGCUCUCCUGGAUUAAUUAAGAUGGCAGGACCUGAAUCCUCAGUAUAUAGACUGAGAGCACUGGUGGGAAACAGAGCUGAUAAUAAUUCUGCUGCCAAACAUGAAUGUUCUGUGACCCAGGGGAGCUAGAAGCAGAAGGGUAGAAAUAGAGGCCAGUGAAAUUUGACAGCAUUUGGGCAGGGGAGGGGGGGUCAGCAGUGCGCUCACUUCAUUGCUCUGAAAUGUUGACUGCGCAUCACACCUUGCCCCCAUGAUUCCUCUAGGUAGCCAGCAGCUCACCCCCUUUCUGUUCCUUCCCAGGGAUGAUGAGAUCCGGGAGAAGUGUGGGGCCGACGCAGUCCAUUACCUCUCCUUCCAGCGGCACAUCAUUGGUCUGCUGGUGGCUGUGGGUGUCCUCUCUGUGGGCAUCGUUCUGCCAGUGAACUUCUCAGGGGACCUGCUAGGUAAGCGGAGAGGCGGCUUCUUACCAUCCCUGCUGGGAAAGUAUUAGACAAUCUCACUCAGUGCUGGGAGGGACCUGCUCAUCCUGGUGCUGGCUAAAGAGAGUAGUGGUGAUUCAGACACAGGUGCAUGCCUUUCUACCUCAAAUAGCUCACCAUGAUGCAGGAAGGCCCCUUGGGAGUGCUAAAAGGAAGCAGGAGGAGAAAUAAUCAAUACUAACAGUAAUUUCAACCUGAGCUUUCUAGCUCUUCAUCGCUGAGCUUUAGGACUGAGUGAGCUGCAAUCUCUACAUCUAUCCCCAAACCUGGAUGGUACAGCCUGAAAAGGAGGAUAUUUUACCUCCCGGCUCUAAGUGGGAAAUUGGGAUCAGGGGGUGCCCAUCCGAUAGCAUACAUCUUUCUACCCUAAUUGCACCAUUUACCCAAUUAGGAGACUUUUUGGCAGUCAGCCUGGCUGUGCUCAUCUGCCCGGCUUAAAGAAUCAUUCAAGGGAUUAUUUGGAAUGGAGGAAAUGCUUUCUUCCCAAUCUUGGUUUAACUUCCCCAAGAAUCCUUUUAGCAUUGAAGCAGACAAAACACAUGAAAGCUUAUAGCAUCCCUCACAAUUACUAGCCCCCGCCCGCAUUUAUUGACCUCUUAAGCUCCAGAGAGUUUAGACCACCUAGCAGAUGAAAUAAUCCUGAAGAUGGGUGGGAAAUUAGGGCCAAUGGAUGGGCUCCCCUGACCCCAACUGACCUCUGCCCCCUUUAGGUCCUCAGCUAAAGGGAAGCAAGGGACAGACUAUUUUCCACUCUUCAGCCUGAGACUGUACCAGCACUCUACCCUCUUGUUGCCAAGUUCCUUCAUGUAGGCCUCAUUUGGUCUUCCAUUUUGAACCAAUAUUUUUCUAGAAAUCUAGAGGUUAAUUGACAAAGCACAGUGUUUUACAUAAGGGGGAUUUCUGUCUAACUCUGCUUGUCUGUCAGAAGGUUCUGCCACUGCCUUGACUAAAUAGUGUAGUCAUGUACUCAGAAGUAAGCCCUAUUGCAUUCACCAGGCCUUACGCUCAGGUAAGCGUGUAUAGGAUUGCAGCGUAAAGUCUAUCCUCCCUCCCAGACAGCUAGUCAAACACCAUGCUGUUUUGAGUUUAGACUUCGUUAAUGUUACCAGCAUAGGGUGUCGGUCUUUCAGAAGCCUUAAACUACCAGCUUACAACCUAAAGCUCAGUAAUGCAGUUCAACAAAGCAUAUAGCUACAAUUAGUUUGAUGGUGGGUUCAGUUUUUAUUUCGUACUACAGUAAUUUUUUAAAAACAAACAAACAGGAUAAUGUUUGGGUUUGUUUUCUGGUUUAUAAUAGAGUUAUACCUCUAAUAAUACAUUAUUCUCAAAAUAUAAAAUAUAGACUAAGAUAAACAACAUUAAGUUCCCAAGUCUUACCAGCUCUUGUUUAAGUUGCUGCCAUCUUGGAGGUACAAGCAAGAGAGCUUCAGAUGGUAGGAUGCUCAUACAUUCAAACAUCAUAUCAUUUUAUACAGUUUUGUAAAAUCACAUGAAGAUGUUAACUGCUCCAUAAAUUUGGCACACAAUCUGAACUAUCCAAUUGUUUCUUGAGAUUAAAAUAUAUAAAAGAAUACCCCUUCUUUCUAAAUUAUUAUUCCUAAAUUAUUCCUAAGCAAAAAGUCCCAUAUAUUUCUAUUAGAUAAGGUCAAUCCUAAAUUUAUUAAUUCACUUUUGGCAAGUCUUAACUCAGAUUUUUAACCAUAAAAUUACGGUAAUACGUGACCUAUUGCAACUAUCCUUGUCGUGACAAACAUACACUUAAGUUUACAAUGUUUACAAUUUUCUUACAUGAAAUUAUUGACCCUUUGAUUAUUAUAUAUUGACCAUUAACAAAACUUUAAGUACAUGUUAAUAGAUUGGCCAUCUGACUGGCCUAAUUCCCCUCUGACCUGAGUCACAGGGUUUUGACACAGCAUUCUUUUUAUAGAAAUGAUACUGAUCAUUUGGUGAAUUAAGUAAGUUACCAGAAUUCAUUAUAGCCCUUUGCUCUGUGGGCAGCAGCCUCCAGGAAAUGCCAGAGAUGCAUUUGGGAUGAGAUGAAUUUCAUUUAUAUUCUGCCAGAGCCCUGGGACAUUUAUAGUAAUGGCUCACCCCAUUGUGCAGAUUCAAACCGCCAACCUUCUGAUCGGCAAGCCCAAGAGGCUCCGUGGUUUAGACCAUAGCGCCACCCACAUCCCAGCUUCUGCCAACCUAGCAGUUCAAAAGCAUGCCAGUGCAAGUAGAUAAAUAGGUACCGCUGUGGCAGGAAGGUAAAUGGCGUUUCCGUGCACUCUGGUUUCUGUCACGGUGUUCCAUUGCGCCAGAAGCAGUUUAGUCAUGCUGGCCCCAUGACCCAGAAGGCUGUCUCUGGACAAACGCUGGCUCUCUUGGCCUGAAAGCGAGAUGAGCGCCACACUCCAUAGUUGGCUUUGACUGGACUUAACCAUCCAGGGUUCCUUUACUUUACCUUAUAGUAAUGGCACUGAAGUUUUUCAUGGUAUUCAUCCUUUACAAUAAACCAUGAGGUACUUGGAUGAAAUGGUUAAGGUUGGAAGUUGAAUCUCUGGAGCUCAAACAGAAGUAAAUGAAUAGUCACUAAAUGAAGAAAGAUUGAGCGUCAGCAGAAGAGCAUGGAGACUUUCAAAGUCUCCCAUUACAGAAGGCAUUGGGCUGUUUGCCUCAUCAUCUAAUCCAAGCCACUUUGAGUCUCUCCGAUAAAAGCAGAGCAAUUUUGUUCCAGCAGCUUGAUGCCUUCUCAUUGCAUUGUACUCAAUUCAUGAUUCUUUACUUGUUUUCUUGCCAGAGAACAACCCCUACAGCUUUGGGAGAACAACUAUUGCUAACUUGAAAUCUGGGUAAGUAUGAUAUUGGGGUGCCAUCAAGGAACCGUGUUUUCCAAAAAGGAGGAGGAGGAGGAAAUAGUCAUAUUAUUGAAGGGGAAUAUUAUCUGGGAGGCUUGUGGUUUAGCACUGGGAUACAUGGGCUUUCCCAAAAUGCAGAAGAUACAUUCAAGCAGAGAUAAGUAUUGGGCAUUUCCUUUCCCUUGUGACAGGAAUAACCUGUUAUGGCUGCACACGUCCUUUGCCUUCCUGUACCUGUUGCUGACUGUGUACAGCAUGCGCCGGCACACCUCCAAGAUGCGCUACAAGGAGGAUGAUUUGGUAAGUCCAAACUGGCAUCCAGCUAGACUUGGUCAGCUGGAGCAAGCAACCUCCUUAAUUGGGUGAUGUCCUACAGUAGGUCAUGGCCACUGCAUUUCCUGCUCCUCUGAUUUUUAAGCUUCUCUUUUUCAUGCUCCUUUUGCAUUUGUGAUAUCUGUUUACUUGUUUCAAGCAUGUGAGUUUGGGGAGCUUUCCUUAGUACCUUUUCUAAUAGUUUGGGUUUUUUAAAAAUACAUUGUUCUGACCUUCUUUCAGUUAUUAUUUUGCCAUUAAAUGAGAUCCCGUUCUCUUCAAACACACCCUUUCCUACCUCCCUGGUGCCAACCCAGACAUUAUUAUCAUUUAUUAUUUACAUGAUGCCAUCAGGAAUAAAAAGGUUCAGAUAUUAGCUUUGAAGAAUUUAAAAUCUAAAAUUCAACUCAGCAGGGACAAUGGAGGAAUGAGAUAGAGGGGAAAACAGGAAGACGAGGAAUCUGUUUUAUUUAUUUAGAAUUGCUUCUAUUCUACUCUUCUUUCCUAAUGAGAUCAGAGUGGCAUAUAAUUAAAAAACAGUAACAGAAUAUGUAAAAUAACAAACAACAUUGUUCUCCUAGCAGUGCAACAAUAAAAUUGCUAGCACAUUUGCAAAGCUAAGCAGUGUCCAGUAUGGUUUCAAAUUGGGUUGGGGGCUGCGUGUUGAGAUUCCCGCAUUGCAGGGGGUUGGACUAGAUGACCCGCAGAAUCCCUUCCAACUCUACAAUUCUAUGACUAAACGUAAAGCAGCCAAAAUAUCCACUAUUACAAAGAAAAGUUCCCUGAUAUGCAAACAGUGAAGUAAUAUGACUCUCCCAGGAGAGGGAAUUCCAAGGGUUGGGAGGGUGACACAGAAAAGGCCCUAUUGAGCAAUGUAUUAUUAUGGAUAGCUGAUUGGGAAAUGAGAGGGACCUCUGUGGAAGAGCUCAGUUCUUGAGCAGGAGUAUGUGGGGAAAGGCAGUCCCGGUCCCAAUUCAUUUAGGCCAGGAAAUGGAUAGGCAGCCAGUGUAUUUGGUAAAAAGGAGAGUAUCACGAGCCCUAUGUAUGACCCCCAUGAAAAGCCUAGCUGCCAUAUUCUGAACAGACUGAAGUUUCCAAAUGGUCUUCAAAGGUAAGCCCACGUAGAGCUUAUGAACAAUGAUAAGACGUAUUCCAUUUCUGCUUCUCCAUUUCACUUGAUUUGAGAGCAGGGUACAUUUAACAUAAAUGCAUAACACAUAAAUCCCACAAACUGAUACUUCACUUGGGCAUAGUCUCCAUUUCCUGCUUCAGCUGUGAAAGACCUCAGAUCUAACGUUCUCUUUGCCUCUUGUCUGCUCCAGGUGAAGCGAACUCUCUUCAUUAACGGAAUCUCAAAGUAUGCCGAACCUGAAAAGAUCAGAAAGCAUUUUGAGUGAGUCUUGUUCCCUGGAUCCUUUAAUUCUUAGCUCAACCCUCCUCUGACAAAGAAAAUAUAUAUAUAAAUCAGCCAGUUUUUCUUUGGAUAAUUUUUUAACCCAACACCGUACCUUUGUAUGCCUUAGAUCAGGGCUAGCCAAUGGAGUUCCCUCCAGCUGUUGUUUGCUGCAGCUCCCGUCUACCUUGAGCAACACAUGGGUCAGACCAUUGGUACAUCUAGCUCAGUAUUGUCUACACUGGCAGGCAGCAGCUUCCCAGGAUUUCAGAUGGGGAGUCUUCUGGAGAUGUUGAGGAUUGAACCUGGUACUUUCUGCAAGCAAGGCUGAUUCUCUGCCACUGAGUUCUGUCCCUUCCUCCUGCUAGCUAGGACUGAAGGGAAUUGUAGUGCAGGAACGCUGUCUACCCUUGCCUUAGAUCAGGCAUAGGCAAACUCAGCCCUCCAGGUGUUUUGGGACUACAACUCCCAUCAUCCCUAGCUAACAGGACCCAGUGGUCAGGGAUGAUGGGAGUUGUAGUCCCAAAACACCUGGAGGGCUGAGUUUGCAUAUGCCUGCCUUAGAUGGACAUGGUGUCACCCUAGGACAGGGGAUGCAUUCACUUCUGGGCAAGCUUACAGGGUUCACAUGCUAGAAAUGGGCAGGGCUUCUAGACAUACAUCCAUGUCCCUCUCUGUCCUCCAUCCAGGCAUGCAAGAGGCAUUAUUAUCAGCUAGGCAAAAGCAUUCGUGGAAGGUGCAUGGCAAGGCCAAUGAGGGGGGUGACCUGAGGAGAAGGGAAGCGCCUGGGAGUGGGGGGGGGGGAGAAGUGUGACCUGGAGAGAAUUCGGAGGGCCACAUUUGGCUCCUGGUCCUGCAGUCCCACACCCUCUGCCCUAUGUGGUUGCUACACUUCUUAACAAGAAUGAUGGUCACUUAUUUCUUUCAGUCCCCCCACCCCCGCUUGCUCCUACAGAGCUUCAGCAUGCAGCUGAAUCAAAAGCUGAAGAAGCCUUCCUUUUCAGAGUCAAAUGUGCCGUUUCAAGCCUGUUCCUUGAAUAGGAACUCAACCAGGUUUUGCCGACCCUGCAGGUUUCUAAUAAGCUCCUGCAUUGUUGUUUUUUCCUGACUGCAGGGAAGCCUAUGCCAACUGCACGGUACUGGAGGCACGCCCCUGCUAUGAUGUGGCCCGGCUGAUGUUUCUUGAUGCCGAGAGGUACAGUCUGGGAUUCGUAGGGAAUGGGGGCUUUUAAACCUGAUAUGAGCAAGAAGAGGGCUGUGUGUGUGUGUGAGAGAGAGAGAGAGAGAGAGAGAGAAAUGCGCAGUUUGGCCUGCCGUGAGGUUGCUUAUGCAGCAGCAAGCCACAUCCAGUUCUAGCACCGCUGUUCCCAAACCCAGGAUCUCAACAGUAGUGGGAGAGGGUACAGUUCAGAGGUGAGGGCAGGCGAAGCCAAGCUGAAAAAAACAGGAAGUAAGGGAGCACAUGAUGAGAGGUAGCAUGGGAGGGGCUACAGCAGGCAUAGGCAAACUCCGGCCCUCCAGGUGUUUGGGACUACAGUUCCCAUCAUCCCUGACCAUUGGUCCUGUUAGCUAGGGAUGGUGGGAAUUGUAGUCCCAAACAUCUGGAGGGCCAGAGUUUGCCUAUGCCUGGGCUACAGGUUAGAAAUCAUUGACUGAAUCCCAUACAGAGAACCCAGUAAUGAAGUGUCGGUAAAGCUCUGCGUGGAGUAGCCCUUGGGCAAAAUGGGACAGGAAAAAAACUGCGUGGCUCUUCCCUGAACUGUUUCCAACUGAGCUUACAAGGUUUCGGUAACUUUUAAGAACUGGUGCCUGAGUCUGCUUUUCUCCUUCUCCCUCCUCCUCCCUUUUUCCUUUUGUGUUAUGCUUUUUAGAUCAUAGUUCUGAGGGCAGGGACAGUCUUUUAUUUUCACCAUCAUCUGCAAGCUGCUCUACAGGGUACAAAUGCUUCAAAUAAAUACUGUGAGACCAUAUGCUUGCUUACCUAUCUUUUUCGAUCUUACCAGCUAGACCUUGCAACCCCACCUAUGAGACAGGAGGGCCUUAUUAAUUGCCUUGUGCCAGUAAAGGCUGAACUGCUUUUCCAGCCAUAACAAAGAGACUCUGUGGCAAAGCAGAGGUUGCAUCUCAUCCAGUGCCACAAACAGUUUUUCCCUGUAUCUGGAUGUCUUAAUCCAGAUACUCCUGUUUUGAGGAGAGUGGAAUUCCCUCCUGUUAAAUACCUGUUGCCUUUUCGGUGCUUCCUGAAGACCUUCCUCUUUCAACAAACCUUUUAAGUUGAGAUCCUUGACCCGGGCCACAUCUGUAUUGGAACUGCUUUAACUGUUUUCAUAUGUCAAAUUGUUUUGAAUGUUUGUAUUGUUUUAUAUAGGGAACUGUUUUUUAACUGAUUUUACACCUGUUUUAUGGUUGUAGCUGUUUUGUUUGUCUUACAAUUGCAUAUUUUAUUGCUGCAACCCCCACUGGGAAGGGAGGGAGGGGUAGUGAAUAUACUGCAGGACUCAGUUGUGCAGAAGACCCAAUGCACACUUACUUUCUUUCACACUCCACUUUGCCUGCUUUGUCUUGCUAGCUUCUCUGAGCUUCUUCCCCUGCAUUCUUCUGUUUCAGGAAAAAAGCAGAGCGUGGAAAGAUCUACUUCACCAACUUGCAGUCCAAGGAGAACACACCUUCCAUGAUCAAUCCCAAGCCCUGUGGCCAUCUCUGCUGUUGUGCCAUCAAAGGCUGCGAAGAGGUGCAGAGGGGGGAGCAGGGAAAUGCAGGGGACUGAGGGGUCCCUGCAUAAGGGAGGGGGGUUCUUGAAGGCCACAGGUUCUUCCUAGUUCAGGUCUACCAUCUAGCCCUACACUAACAGAGCAAACUAAAACCCAUUUUUGCCAGGAUGCCGGGGUGGAUGGCUAGAUUGGGCAGAAGUGUUGCUCUCCCCAGCCCUGCCAGCCUCUGCCUAGAGAGUAACACCAGCAUCACUCCUACAGUUCAGAGUUUGGCGUUCCACCUGCUGAGUGGAUGGCAGCAGUGGAUAGCCCUGGAAUGGGGUGUUCUUGGGCCACAGGGAGGAGCUGGGUCAGCCUCAGAUCUCUUGAACCCUGAGCCAGCCCCACAACUAUCACAUUAGGUUCACUUGCUGGGCCAUUUCCAGGCUGGCACAGUGCUCUGCCUGUCCCUCACCCUUACCUUCUGAUCCAGCAUGCUUGGCAGGGCUACAGAUGACCCUGCUGCUCCAGGUAACAGCUGGGGUUAAGACUGAACCCCAGUGUUUUAUCAUACAAGAGCCUGUGAAACCAAAAUAUCAAGAUGACCAGUUGGUUCCCACUCGCAGCCACUGAUCCUGAAUAAAUUGUAAUUCAGUACCACUGUGUGUUGGGCUAACAUGCCAUAAGUUAGCCCAUUGUUUGAGGUGACGAUGGGGCUGCAGGGCUUGUGUUCUCACCUUGUGCAUGGUUGCCUAGGUGGAAGCCAUGGAGUAUUACACCAAACUGGAGGAGAAACUGAAGGAAGACUACAAGAAGGAAAAGGAAAAGGUGAACGAGAAGCCGUUGGGCAUGGCCUUUGUCACUUUCCACAACGAGGCCAUUACAGCCAUGUGAGUGCCGGGAGCACAGGGUGAUGGGGGGAAAUCAUUUUGAUGGCUGGGAGGGAGGGAGGGAGGGAGAACAUUUCCCAGAAAAAGGCAACUUGGGUGUCGUUUUGAACCAAGACGGUGGAUGGAUACUUUUAAAACUCUAUUAAUUUUAAGCACUUACUUCAAAACUGCAAUGAUUUUUUGGUUUCUUAGAACUGCUGUCAGACAGAUAGGCAGACAGGCAGACAGACAGAUCUACCAACCAACCAACCAACCAACUAACUAUCAUUUUCUAAAACUCCAGUCAUGUUCUCCUUUUGCCUGUCUUCUUCAAAAACAGAGUUUUAGUUGUGACAAGUAAAGCAGCUGAGUGAGGCAAUAGCUACUGCCACAUUGCAGAGACUUGAGAAGGCCGCUGGUCCUCCUCCAAGGAAGCUUCAUCUGUCCUCCCCUCCUCCUCCUCCUCCUCCUCCUCCUCCUCCUCCUCCUCCUCUUCUUCUUCUUCUCCUUCUCCUUUUCUUCUACUAGCCACAAUGGCUAUGUUCUGUCGGAGCUCUCAUGCCUCUGAAUCUUGGUUGCUAGGAAUCACAGGUGGGCAGGCUGCUCUUGGGCUCAGGUCCCACAGGCCUCUGCUUGGCCACUGUGAGAACAGGAUGCUGGGCUAUAGAUUGUGCCACUGAUCCAGCAGACUUGCCUAAAUUCUUAUGUUCUUCUUCCUCCAGAAUCCUUAAGGACUUCAACGUGUGCAAGUGCCAGGGCUGCAAGUGCCGUGGGGAACCCAAGGCCUCAUCCUGCAGCGAGUCCCUCCAUGUCUCCAACUGGGCAGUCUCGUAUGCGCCUGACCCUCAGAAUAUUUACUGGUAAACAAAAUGGUGCCUCUCUGUGGCCUAAAUUAGGAAUUCGCCAUCCUGGCACCAUGCUUUGUGCAGGACUCUUUCUGGACUGCAUGGAUGCCAGAGCGAGAGAUGCUUCUCCAUAGGCUUGUUGUUAAGGUAGCUAUUGGUAGCAGAGUGUUUUUAAAGGGGAUGCAGCCACAUGAGGACUGGAGGCCACAAGGUUUUCCAAAAGCCCCUCCGGUCCAAUGUCUCCAGUGUUGGGUUCUGCCACCCUUAAAGUUUGGUUCUUCGCUUUGUCUCUCCUUCAGGGAACACCUGUCCAUUCGUGGCUUCAUUUGGUGGUUCCGCUGCCUGAUCAUCAAUGUGGUGCUCUUCAUCCUGCUCUUCUUCCUCACCACUCCUGCCAUCAUCAUCACCACUAUGGACAAGUUCAAUGUCACCAAGCCUGUUGAGUACUUGAAUGUAAGACCUUGACCCGAGAGAUUUGGAACUUCCCUUCUCUCUUUAGCUCCAUGACACAGGAGGGGGAACGGCCUUUGAAAAGUGGCUAUUUCCCUUCAUAUUCAGUAGGAUUAAGCCCAGCCUCAUGAGCUCUCCCUCUGUGGUUUUGUGGAAACAGAGCAGGAGCAAAUUAUAUUCAUGUAGCUAUCAGUGCACUGUUUGUGUCCUCGUGCUGUCAGUGAGAUUGCAAGGAGAAAUGGCGAGUGUGUGUGUGUGUGUGAGAGAGAGAGAGAGAGAGAGAGAGAGAGAGAGAGAGAGAGCGCACCUUUGAUAGCAUAGAACAAGUACAUACUUUUACCCUGUGAAUAAAAAUUCAUGGUACUAUGUCUUUUUGAAACUUAAGCUCAUUCCUUCUGGUUCCCUGUAUAAUUUUAAGUGCUAUAAUUACAUUCCUUAAUGUAAUUGUUGAUAUCUUGACUUGAGGUAGCAGCCUCUGAGGUCCAUGUAUUAUGGGACUAUAGGACCAUAUAACGUCUGGCUCAAAUGUUGAUGUUAUCUGUUGGAUCUCAAAGUUGUAAUUCCACUGGUGGUCAGUGUUUAGAAACUACUACUUUUAAAUUAAGUUUGUCUAAUUACGUUUGCACAAAUGAAAGGGAAAUUAUUGACUCAAACCAAUCUAGCAAGACCGGUGGUAUUUAAAUGGUGUGUGUUCAUGCUCAACAGCAAAUGACACGUUACCAACCAGUUGCCAGCUUAAUCAGCUUAUAUAACUAAACAGAUCCAGCUGUGUGUGUGUUCUUUAAUGGCACUCCCCUGUGCGAUGUUGCCAGUCAUUUGUUGAAAUUUAAAUUAAUUAAACUGGCCUUAGGAAUUCUGCCGGCCAAUUUCUCCAAGUUAAAUACAACCAUGCAUUUACAGUACUGAGGCCCAUUAAAUAAAAAUAACUACAAGUUUCUCCUCAAGUAGUUUGUGGGAGAUCUGAACUGACUUGCACUGAGUGUGCAAUACUUUAAUCAGAUAAAACAAAGAAUCCUUCUGCUUUUAAGAUAAUGAAUAUUUGUAUAAACUUGGCUUAUCUGUUAGUAUACUGGUUCUUAAAAUAUGAGGUGGACUCAUCUUAGUCAGACGUGGUUCUGGGGCAUGAAAUAGUAAGUGCUUUCAUCUUUGCCAAGAGAACAUCCUGGGUGCAUUGAAUAUUCCUGGUGUUUCAAGUGAUGUUAAUUCACCUGGCAGAGGACUCUUUCACUGAUGUGCUUUGGAUUUGUGGGGAUCACAGCAGCCUCACCCAUUCUCCUCCCAAUGUAAUUCGGAACAGAGUUCAGAAAAAGCUGCUGCUUUGUUCCUAUUCUCUUUUCCUGUGCCUGGUUUUAAGAGGAGCUCAAAGAUCUCUUAUGCUAUUUCACAUGUACAGUGGUGCCUCGCAAGACAAAAUUAAUUCGUUCCGCGAGUUUUGUCGUCUUGCGAUUUUUUUCGUCUUGCGAAGCACUGUGUCGUGAAAGUUUUGGAAAAGCUUCAAAAAUCACCAAAGUCUUUAAAAACCUCAAAAAAGGCUACCACACCGCGUUCUAUGAGUUGCUCCUCAAGUCAAGUCGCAACUGUAUUAACGGUGUUAAGAAGAUGGUAACAAACUUGCAAGACGUUUCCGUCUUGCGAAGGAAGCCCAUAGGGAAAAUCGUCUUGCGAAGCAGCUCAAAAAACAAAAAACCCUUGCGUCUAGCGAGUUUUUUGUCUUGCGAGGCAUUCGUCUUGCGAGGUACCACUGUAUCCCAAACCACAAAUCCUGGCCUGCAGUGGCAGGCAGUAGACACACAGUCGUGUGCAAAUAUCUUUGCAUGCUUACCUACAGAAUUGAUUGUUCAAGCUGUGUUGUAUAGGGGGAUAGAAAGCAGAGUAAGCUUUGAAUUCAAGAGGUGUGAGAAACACAGUGCUGGCAGCUACGACUGGACUAACAUAGGUAGGCAGGUCAGGAAACCCACUCAUUCCGAAACAGACCAGUAAUAAUCUCUCAAGAAAAGAACACCAUGCUGCAAUAUCAAUAUUGGAUUUAUAUAUUUCACACACAUACACAUGUUAUGAUAACAACCCACUUAGCCAACCUAGUGCUCUGCCAUUGCACACUUUGUAUUCUUGGUUGCUAUAUAUUAUUCAGAGCAAGUGACUGAUUGUUUCUUUUUCUUUCUCUUUCCAGAAUCCCAUCAUCACCCAGUUCUUCCCCACCCUGCUGCUGUGGGCCUUCUCUGCUCUGCUUCCCACAAUUGUGUACUAUUCGGCAUUCUUUGAAGCCCACUGGACCAGGUAAAAUGGGGAGAUUGUCUCUGCCUGCCUGAGAGCUGAACUACUCAGAAUCUCUGCUUGGAAUAUCUCCCUCAGGCCCACCUGCACUGCACUAAGAUUUGAUUUCUAUGGACUUUGUGUUUCUUCUUUUAGCAAACUUUAGAAAAAACUUCAUACUUCUUCAAAUCCCAUGAAUCCCUACUAAGGAAAAUAAUAAAAGGCAAAAAUAUAUUGUUCCAAGUUCUUGUUUUUUGCAACUAGUGUUCUUCUCUGAUAUGUAUUUUAUUCUUGGAGUUCUACAGUAUUAAUCUAACAGUAUAUUGCAAACUACCUUGAGAGCCAUUAUAGGAUGGAAAUAUGGCAUAUACAUUUAAAAAUAUUAAAUCAAGGAGGCCUUGCCAGCCCUUAUUCACAUGUUACGUUAUGCAUACCUUAAUCUGUACGUCAGGAGGGUAGCAGCACAAGAACAAGCCUUUUCAGUGGUGGCCCCCUUGCUUGUGGAAUGCCCUCCCCAGGGAGGCAUGCAUGACACUUUUGGUAUCCUUUUUAGACACCAGGCAAGGAUUUUUCUCUUUUCCUGGGUUUUUGGACCGUAAUUUGGAGGGGGGCAUUUGUGGCCUCCUUUAGUGGGGCAGGAUUUGUUGGUCCUGCCUUUUAAUUGUUAAGCUGUGCUUUUCGGUAGCUUGGUUGUUCUUAUUUAUUUUAAUGUAACCAGCUUUGGGUCACUCUUUCAGAAAAGUAACUAUCACAUAUAAUAACUAAUAAUAAAUUAUCUGUGCCACUAGGUCUGGAGAGAACAGAACAACCAUGCACAAGUGCUACACUUUCCUCAUCUUCAUGGUAUUGCUGCUGCCUUCGCUGGGCUUGAGCAGGUAAAAGAAAGGUUGCUGAGUAGAAGAGAACAUAUCUGGGAUGGAUCCAAAAUAUCUAUUCUUUCCUAUGGUGGUGGCAACUUUCACCAUUUCCCCCUUUCUCCUGUAUCUCUCUGGAGUAGAGAGUGCUGCAGGGGAAAGGAGGAAUUGCCAAAAUCGCCUCCCUGCCAAGAAAUAGCACCACUGCUGAAAUCUCACCCCAAAUGGAUGGGAUCUUGCCCAGAAUUGGUCUGAUGGUAGCAGCGCUUCUCUGCUGUUGGCUGUGGUGGGGGGGCUGGCAGGGCAUCUGCAAGCGUGCCACCUGGGGGCUUCAGCCACCUGAGGCAACAGCCUCACCCUGCCUAAUGGCUGGACCGGCUCUGGCUGUUGUACAUCAAAGCAGUGAGGUUGAAUGUCAACUCAACAUGCACACAUCUCCACACCGUGUAUUUUCAAUUCUCAAGUGUUCAUGCAGUCUCUUCUUUGUUGUUUUCAUUUUUAAUUGAGAACGAGAGGGUGCAUUGCAGGACAUCACAAUAACCUCCAUUCAGAUUCAAAUUAGCUCAAGGAGAACGGAAAUGGUCUGUUAAAACUGGUGCUGAGGUGAAAAGCUUGGCUUCAGUCAUUGGGAUAGUAAGGCUACAGUCCUGGGCCUACUCACCUUGGAGUAAGCAAUGAAUGUAGUGGAGUACACACGUAGAGAAUUUUGCUGAAUAUUACCUUGAAUGAGGCCUGCUUUCUCAGCUUCAGUUCCCUGUCUCUAAAAAGAAAUAUUGAAUGGCCUACUUGUGGGAUCUUGUGAAUGGAAAGCGUGUGUGUAUGUAUAUCUCCACACUAAAGUAAAACAAAUAGGAUUAAUUAUUAUAAUAAUACAAUUUGUAACAAAAUGAGUAACAGAAACAUGAGAAAUGAUUCCUUUGAAGUCUAAGUAUCCUUUAUUUUUGAAAAAAGUAAGUUACUUUAAAGCAACACUAGAAGGCCAGCAUAUCUAAAAUGCUUAUUUUUUUGUUGUCUGCUUGUAAUACAUGCUUUGUUUUCUUAAGUGGCUGUAUUGUAUAGGCGGAUUUGCCUUCUAUAAAUGUAACCUCCUCUAGAACUGCAUUAGUAAUAAGACCCAGUAAAUGCAAAAAUAAAUUAAUAAUGGUUCCAUUCCCUCAUCCUUGGCCUAAAAGAAUGGAAGCAUCUUUUGUUCCGCUAUCGAUCUCUUUUAAAUCAAUGCUUUUAAAGCGCUCCUUAUAUAAAUAUAAUGCCAGUGUGGUGUCAGGGACUUAUCUGAGGAGGGAGAGAAAGAAUACACAAUAAGAAACAGGGUUGGGUUGUUUAAUGUGGCCUAGAGGUUUUUUUUGGUCAUGGUCUGAGACAGAGGGCUGGCCUUAGAUGGACUGGGGCCUUGACCCAGCAUAGCAAAUAGAGCCUCAUGAGAUGUUUGCUAACACUGCAGUUGCAUCCCAAGUGCCUCUUGGUAAUAAUUACUCUUCACUCUUUGUGUGCUUCACUUUCUAGUCUGGAUGUAUUUUUCCGCUGGCUGUUUGACAAAAAGUUCCUGGCAGAGGCUGCUGUGAGAUUUGAGUAAGUAAAGCCUUAAGAGGAGGGAAGUGCGUGGUUUGGUGCCAUGCCUGCUGUGGCGCAAAUCUCUGCUUCUCACAAUCUUCUCCUCCCACCACUUCCUGCUUCCCUUGGUAGGCCACCGUCCGAUAACAUCAAGCCAUUUAAGCAUCUGCCAUAUGCUGUCGAAAACUUAUCCUUCGAUGCUCCUAGUUGCCAUAUUUCCUUAAAUUACCUGCUGUGUAGGCUGUGAAUAAGACAAAGCUUUAUUUUCUUUGUGAAGGUGGGACACAGAGACCAUGCUAACAGAGUCACGCCCACCAGGGUUGGGGAAUAAAAGGAAACCACCGUAUGUGAACCAACAUGGUAACACAGGUGGAUGUAGGAGUCACAGGUGUGUUAGACAGCGAAUAGCCCCUAAUUGGUGGUUCUGGCAGUGGGGACAUCCUACACAAGGAGAAAAUGACUCAGACAAAGUUGUCAAGGGCAUCAGUAUAUCCACAUCUGACCCAAAAUUUACUACCCGUCUUCCAUUCUGUUAAUCCCCACGCUACAUUCCAUUUGCAUUCCUGGUUGGGAAGCUUUUUUCUAUUGCCCUCCUUUCUCUUUCCCAGGUGUGUGUUCUUGCCAGACAACGGGGCCUUCUUUGUGAACUAUGUUAUUGCCUCUGCCUUCAUUGGGAAUGCCAUGGACUUGCUGCGCAUCCCUGGCCUCCUGAUGUACAUGAUUCGCCUCUGCCUUGCCCGCUCAGCUGCUGAACGCAAGAAUGUCAAACGGGUACGUGGCUCAUGCCAGCAAGAGUUGGUCCAGUCACACAAUUAAGGACGAAACUUGAAUCAGACACCAUAAGGGGAUGUUUGACUGCUGCCUGGAGUGACCCACAGACACGAUUGUCUAAAGGUUUCAAAACAGUGGUGCUUUGAAGACAAUUUGGGAGGUUCUUUUGCCUUGUAGUGUUAAAAACAACAACAUGGAGAUAAGACCCCAAAAAAGUCAUAUCUAGGGCUGUCAACCUAUCAAAUAAAUAUUAAAUUUAUUACAUGCACUUUAGUCGAUUAAUCAAAUUUGCAUAUGGAUUUUUAAAAAUUGGUUCUGGAACUAAAAGCAUCCUUUUUUAUUUUAGAUUUUAUAUAUUCAUGUGUUACAGCAAGCAUUAUCUUAGGGGAGACAUUUUUGUUGCGUGUGAGAGAGUUUAAUUUUAACCUGUCUGCUUAAUAAGGGAUAACUUUUCCAUUCAAAAGGUCUCCCCCACCUCAGUUAAUCUUAAUUAAAUGUUGCAACCCAAAUUAUAUCCUGUAGAUCCUUCUGUUGAGCUCCUAGAUGCUUGAAUUUAUAUUAUUCAGAAAACUUGCACAAGUAUUCCACAAUCCGGGUGCAGUCACUAUGAAGGACCUCACCCUCACUCUCAUUCCCCACCCCUACCCCAAAUAGCCAGACUCCCAGGCGACCUUAAGCCAAGGAUUGACAUACUGAAGUGAUUGUACCUUGUCUGUUUCCAUAGCAACUUAGGGAGCCCAACUUCCAGUACCAUCUUGGUGCGAGUGCCUCACUAUGAAUCUGUGGACAAGCGGACUUGUGAAAAUCGUGGCUUGUUUUGACACACAUCCAGAAUAUAGUCAUGUGGGCUCCUCACUCAGACAUUCAUGUGUAUGCCAACAGGAUCUCUGUUUUUGUUCCUCUUGCCUUUCAGCAUCAGGCCUAUGAGUUCCAGUUCGGGGCCGCUUAUGCCUGGAUGAUGUGUGUCUUCACUGUGGUAAUGACCUACAGUAUCACCUGCCCCAUCAUUGUCCCGUUUGGUAGGUACCACAACAUCUCCUUGGACUUCCUUUGCCUAGCACAGGCAUGGCCAAACUUGGCCCUCCAGAUGUUUUGGGAAGACAACUCCCAUCAUCCCUAGCUAACAGUGGCCAGGGAUGAUGGGAAUUGUAGUCCCAAAACAUCUGGAGGGCCAAGUUUGGCCAUGCCUGGCCUAGCAGGUUUUAAAUACACCAAAUACUUAAAGGCAGCAGACACAGAUAUAUUCACAAUGGGUUUUGUGUCAAUUAAUUACAGUGAGUUUCUUAAGAUGACACCUGGGUGAUAACAUAGCAACUGACUCUAAUCUUGUGAUUCUGUGGGUUCAAGGUAUCUUAAAUGAGAUUUGCAAGCUCCCAUUUUGUGAUUCAUUUCCUGCUGGAAGCUUAGGGCAGGUACAGCAUUGGGGUUGGCACUGUCAGCCACUUGCCAAUGGCCUGAGGUGACCCACCAUCCAGCUUCCCCUCUGUUUACUUUAGGCAAGUAACAGAGGCAGCAAGAAAGUCAGUAUAGCCAACAAUGCAGACACUUGUUUCAGGGGGCGGGACCCUAUCUCUGGGACCCCAAUGUAGUACUGCUCCAAAGAUAUCCUAUACUAGACCUCCCCAAAGCAUUGUGGGAGAAUUAAAACAAUGGAUAUCAUGAGCAGUGCUUAAUCUGCUGGCUAUAUUGGCAUUUUUGGUAUCUGCCUGCUUCAAGGUAAAGGGAGUAGAACAGAACUGCUGUCUCCUGGGGCCAUUUUGGUAGCUUCUCUAUCACCACCUGAGGCAGAUUUUCUCUCACCACCACCCAAACAAGGGGUGUUUUUAUCAGCUCCACUGCUGCCCAAGGAAGGGGCAUCUUCUCCCACUGCCAAGGGAAGGACUUCAUUGCCACUGAAGAGCUUAUGUUGCGGGGUCUAAUAAGGACCUCCCCAAAGCUGGCACCAGUCCUGGCUGAAGAAUCUGUUUUGGUGACCCAGCAAAGUUGUGGCUAAGUAGGUAAUUUUUUCAGGCUUCCUCCAUUCCUCCAGAAACAAGGAAACUGCCAAACAAAGCAUUGGUCUCUCAUACGUCUGAUGCCUGUAGAAGCUGUUUAGGAGGCACCUAACAAGUGGAAAUAAUUAAUAAGUAAAGCUGCUGUUCAUUCAGCCUUCCAGCUGAUUGCUCCAUCCCUUCCUAUUCUGUUAGGCCUGAUGUAUAUGCUACUGAAGCACCUGGUGGACAGGUACAACCUCUAUUACGCCUACCUGCCUGCCAAGCUGGAUAAAAAGAUCCAUUCAGGGGCUGUGAACCAGGUGGUGGCAGCACCUAUCCUCUGCCUCUUUUGGCUCCUCUUCUUCUCCACCGUGCGCACAGGUAAGCAGAUUCUUUUAUGUCCAGUCUGAUUUGCUAACGUCUGCCUUUAUAAUAAAUCUAGAAGGGCUUUCAGCGAGACAUUGAUGCCCAGGGUUCAAGAAGCAUGCUGAGCAGCUGCUCCACAAGCAGUGCAGAUGGAACCACCUUCUGAUCAUUAGAAAGUGCAGUUAAAUGAGUUAAUUGCGUUAAUCUGGAACAGGUAUGGGGAACUUGCUAGAUCAGGUUGUUGGGAUACUGCCAGGGAGACAAAGUCCAUCAUGGCCCCCAAGCUGCCUCCGGACGUCCAUCGAUCUCCCGUAGACACGCAGUAUCAUUCAAUUAGCGACACGAGCUCCAGAAAUAGAGCGUGCAUCGGCUCUGGAAUGUGGCAAGCUAUCAGCAGAGUUCGCAUAGCGAAAGAUGCACUCAGGAGAGCAUAUUUACAACUUUAUUCAGCGUUGGUCACAACAAAGAGAAAACAUGACUGCCUGCUUCAGUGUCUCAGACACAGAGAGAGAAACGAAAGCAAUAGACAAAACAUAAACUUCCUGUGAACAGGAAAUACGCAGACUCUGUGACUCACAAAGCCUGCUCCCUUUUAAGGUGGAACGGAAAUAUCCUAACACAGGUACGUUCAAUCCCAGGACCCAUUUUUAAGUAAAACAUACAUUUGGGGACCCGUAUCUUAAUCUUUUACCAUAUAUUUGCAUGGUGGUAGUGCUCCUGUUGUGACCCACUUUGGACCAGUGCUCUAGAUUUCCCUGGCCGUCAACUCCCAUCAUCCCUUACUGUUGGCCAAGCUUGCUGUGGAUUAUGGGAGAUGGAUUCCCACAAGGUCUGGAGUGGCCAUGGGUGGAAUUCACUGUGUUGAAGAGAUAGCAAAAGCCCUGUGUAUCGUCACUGUGAUGUUUAGGAGAUUUCCAGGUGGCAGCUCCAUAGCAUGGAAACAGCAAUGGCCAACUUGAGUGGCUUCAGAAAGGGAUGAGACAGAUUCACAGAGGAUAAGGCUAUCAAUGGCUCCUAGCCAUGAUGGCUGGGCUCUGCUUUGAUGUUCAGAGGUAGUAGUGCUUCUGAAUACUGUGCUGGAAACCACAGGUGCCACGAGGGCUCUUGUGUUUGGGUCCUGCUUGUGGACUUUCCACCGGCAUUUGGUUAGCCACUGUGAGAACAGGAUGCUGGACGUUAUGGUCUAGUAGCCUGACCCAGCAGGCUCUUCUUAUGUCAAAAUGUGGCCUGUGAGGGGUGGGAGAGAUAACAAUCUGGCUCUCUGGAGUAAAAAUAAAUAAAUAUUCCCCACCCCAAUCUAUUGUUUCUUCAUGGGCUACUGCCUCCAUUUUGCUCCUUCUGAAUGGGAACCUAUGACCUGACACAAAGCAAUGUCACUUGGAGCCACCUCUGCCCACAAAAAUGUCACUUCUGGAACAUAAGAGCCCCCUGGCUGUCAUGGGGACCUGUGUUGCCACACAUAACCAUUGUAUAGCCACUCUGGAGUGCCACAACAGAUGAUAAAGAUGAAAGGAUCUUCUUUCCCAUCUUGGUUACACACACACACCACAAACACACCACUAUUGCUGUUCAAAAUGGUGAAUGUUAGGUGAGUGUGGAGGGGGUAGAAUGCCUAGCUGAAGGUGGCCAUGUUUCAGCAGAGAAGUGGCUUACCCUGUUCUUUAGGUCAGCAGCUAUAAUGAGAGAGGACCAAGGCCUAAAGUAAAGCCCCUGGAGCGAAGAGCAAAGGCAGAGAAAAGAGAAGGUAUAUACUUGGCAACCUUGACAGAGGUUAUUUUGCAUUCCUCAGGGUUCCUGGCUCUCACGUCCAUGUUCACCUUCGUGGUUCUCGUCAUCACCAUCGUGAUCUGCUUGUGUCAUGUCUGCUUCGGACACUUCAAAUACCUCAGUGCUCACAAUUACAAGGUAAUUGUAGUGGAAGGGCGUUUUCAGGGCAGCCGAAAGGGUUGUGUGGUGGCUUCCUCUAAGAACUGCUUCACGUCUUUCCCUAGAGAGAUUUGGAAAGGGGGCAGAAUCCCAGGCACACCUGUGUCUUGAAGAGAUGGGGAAAGCCCUGUGUACACUUGUAUACACAUAUGAAGACAGCGGGCUUUCCUGUUGUGCCUCAACAUGUGUACCCACAAUUGGAGAAGCGUCCUGCAAGACGCAGACUCCAUUCUGAGAUGAAAAAAGACCACCUCCUAAGCCCUUGGUUUUUGUCUUAGUCUUCCUGCCCUCGCUGCAUGUCUCAGCCACCUUAGGAGCUAUGUGGGGGCUGGACCAAUUCCGUGGUCCCUCCCCAUAGGAGGAAAGCCCUGGCAGGGGAAACCAGCCCCUCUCGCGGUUCUUCCAUUUUCAGGAGCCAUGUGAGAAGAAACUGUGAAGAAGCAGCUUCCAUAGUGAUGCAGCUACAUGGAACUUGGCCCUUCAAAGUUUUAUUGCUGUGGAGGCUCAGAGCUUCUUUCUGCUCCUCUUCCACAUGCAGAGCACCUGAAGCCCAGCUCUUGCACGUAGCUGCCAACGUUUCCCUUUUUUUAAGGGAAAUUCCCUUAUUCCGAAUAGGAUUCCUAGCAAGAAAAGGGAAAAGUUGACAGCUAUGCUCCUACAGUGAUUACCACCGCCGGCACCAUUCUGGUUGCAUCAUGUAGAAAUGUUCCCGCAGGGCAGGCAGGUCCAGAACUGGCAAGCUGCUGCCUUUGCUGUUUGGUUUCGUGCCACGCAUGCUUCUGUCUUCCAGAUCGACCACACAGAGGUGGAUGCUGUAGAUGGGAGGGAGAACGGACGGCCCGCUGCCAGCCACCCGCCAGCUCCAAAAUCAGCUGUGAGUCUCCGGCUCCUCCGCUUGCCUUCUGCAACGUCGGAUAUUCUGUGCCCUCUUAUGUCUGAGUUUGGGGAGGAGGAGGAGGAGGAGGAGGAGGAGGGAGAGGCCUUUGCAGAUUUCCUAUCAGGCCCCCACCUUUUUGGCUGUACACGAGCAGCAUCCACGGAGCAUGGGCAGAAAACAGGCCUCUCUGUUACUGGCCCUUUCUGAGAUGAUGGACCGGCAACCUCACUCUGCCCCUCCCCCGGUGCUGUUUGUUCACUUUCUGCCUCUGUCUCUCAGCUUGGACAGUGAAGCCAGACUGGUCAGUGCCCCUUUCUCUUCUGCUUUCUGGCUCCUAACGCAUUGGCAUGCUCUGUGAGCGCUGCAGAAAGAGCUGCGGCUGUCAUUUCCCAACGCAAGUUAGUUUUGAGUGGGACGGGAAUCUUUAAUUCAUUCAAGGCUUUGUGAGUCACCCCUUUCCCUGCACCCCAAGUUGCCCGAGUUCCAAAUUGUCUGCAGACAAGCACUGUGGAGAUGGUGUCAAAGGCUGCAGUCACACCAUAGAGAGCACAAAAGAGCAGCUCCAGAGCCAAAUCCUAAGUAUUAGCUUCAUUGGGGGCAGGGAGGAAACACACACUGAAAACAAGUGGAUUGGUUACCCUAAAAAUAUAGAAAAUAGAGAGAGCCUGUAUUAUCACCAUCCUCAUCCUCAUCCAUUUAACACAGCAUUUUAGUUGUGCCAAAAUUAUUUACAAUCUUUCACUCCAGUCCAGAGUCCCAUGUGUGCUUUGGUGCACGUACGGAGCUUCUGCAUGAGCCAGUUUCUCCUUCUGCUGUACAUUGGAGGAAGACAGUCCACUUGCCCAUCCUCACUUUAUGUGUGUGUGUGUGUGUGGAGCUGCACCGUACAUUGACGUGAAUGGUGCUUUACUGGUACACCAGAGCUCUCCUUCCUGUGAAUUGGGAUGUUCGCCUCUUUUUGCCCUCAAAAUGUAUCCAGUGAGAGAGGUCACAAUUCACCUUUUUUACACACGAGGAGCUAAAGCUAAGCUAUCUUGCUGAGACAGACCUAUCUGUUGCAGAUCUGAAUUGCAGCCACAGUAUUACCACGAGGGGUUACUUCUAUUCCUAGGGAUGAAAGGCCCCUUGCAAUGAUUGGUUUCUGAAUAAGGCCUCAGUAGCUCCCUUCAGGCUUGCUAAAGGAGGACAGAAUCCUUGAUGCUAAGGCUCAGGACAAGGAAACAUCAGGCCCAGGCUGUGGAGGAUCCUCAGGGCGGGUUUUUGAGGCUUCAGGGCUGUGUUUCUUCUACUGGAUGUCUUAAGAUCCUCAUGAAAUUAGGGCUGAGUGCUACACUUCAGAAAUACUGCCAUACUAUUCGAACCUAAGCUCUGGAGUCACACAGCCCUUUUUUUCCUCCUUCUCCCACCCUCAUUUUGCUGUCAGACAGCUAUUCCACACAAUACAAUUCUGUGCCAGCAUGACUGCUCUUGGGCUCCCGACUGCAUGGCACUUACCCAUCAUGCUCUGCUGCCUGAGUCCCCACAGAGAGAGGAAGAGGGUGGGGGGCUAACUGGUCCAUUGUUUUAUUCUUCUCUUCUUUUUAUACCGGCUCUGCAGCAGAAGUACAUUGCCCAAGUGCUGCAAGAUUCUUCACCUGAGGGCGACGUGGCAGAGUCUGAAGAACAGGGGUCCCAGGACGAGGAGCUCAUCAACCCCAACGGCAUAAACGAUACAGAUUUCCAGUCGUGCGAGGACAGCCUGAUAGAAAACGAGAUCCAUCAUUAG